ACAGAUCAGAUGCAGGAGGGCUUCAGUUGUCCACUGACAGCUUUCCAACAGCUAUCAUGCAACUGAUACAUCUGGCAGCUGCAGUCAUUCUUGGGGCUGUGAUACCUCAGAUAUCCAGCUUCAGCAUUUCAUCUCCACCUUCUGACUGUCUGGCUGCUGUAGACACCUGCAUGUCAAAUCUAUGCAAGUGGAGUGAAGAGGCAUUUUACGGAAGCAUCUGUGAGGAUGAAGGGUGCCAAAUAAAAGGCUCAGAGGUCUGUAACUUGACCAUCCAGACUGUACUGGACCAAUUUCCCUCUCUGCACGGGUGUGUGUGUGCCUGGGAGGAGGAGCUUUGUGACUCUAUACAAGCGCUGGCCAUACAAUGCCACCACAAGCCAGCAGCUCAGAGGAGGAGGAGCACAGUGAUGGACUGGCAGUCAAGCAGUUUAAUAGGCUAUGUACACAAUGGUUCUGCAUCGUGCUUGGACCAAAUGACAGUUUGUGUCAGUGAUCCAGUUUGCAACAGGUACCUAGCACCUGUCCUUACUGCAUGCACUGAACAACAGUGCGACCGCGACCGCUGUCAGGAAGUGACCCAACAGUUCUACGGCAGCAUGCCGCACAAUGUCGCAGAGAUGCUGGUCAUGUGUGAGUGUGAGGCUUUAGAUCAGAGCUGUCUGGAUAUGAAAACUGCUCUGCAUAGAGGCACAUGUGGACAGCAGACCAGAAUCUGCCAGGAUACAGUUAACCAGUGUGUUGAGGACAGUCACUGCAGAGACCUGUUAAAAACUUUCCGAGCCAAAUGCUGGAGCCCUGAAGAAGCACAAUGCAGCAACAGCGACCUGCAAAAUGAUGAUUGUAUUACACAGAUGGAUUCAGCUCUCAUCCUUGGUACAGAUCCUGAAUGUAAAAUUGCCUUCUUGGCCACUUUAGGCACAGCACUUCACUAUCCUUGUGCAUGCGAGGGAAUGCGCAAUAAUGAUCUACUGACGUGCAACAUGAUUCAUGAUGUGUUUCAUAAUAGAUCACGCUUCAUUAAAUCUUGGAAAAGCAGCAGUGGUCCUACUAAACCUCCUGAAAUCGAUGAAUCUGAGCAAGGUCAUGCAUGGUCACAUGAUUAUCUACUGUAUGCUUUUGCAACUGUGCUACUUGUUGGAGUUGUUACAUUAAUGCCUCUGGCUGUUGUCAGUAAAAUAUGGAUGUUGAGAAGAGACAAAACAAAAUUUCACCAUCUGCAGAAGAGCAAUUGUGUUAUUCCCUGAUGUUUAUUCAUCUGUUAAAUGUUUGUCUUGAAAAUCAUAAUUUUUCAAAUUUCCAAUGUUGUUCCUUUUUAACUCAAAAAGAUUGUAGAUGUUGCAUAAAUGUCUUUUUUCCCACAAUGUUGAUAAGAACAUAUAUCAAGAAUUAUCCACAUAUACUCCAUUAUGGCAGCAUUGAUAAAGUAAUGAUAUAUUUCAUACACUGGUCUUGGUAACAUAUGACAAUGCUGCUAUUAGAGUAAUCAGUCUGAAUUGCAGUGUUUUAUUAAAGAAAAUCUAUUUGAAGUAGAGCUGGGCAAUAUAUGGAUAUUGUGAUAGGAGACUAGAUAUCACCUUAGAUUUGGUAAUUGUAAUAUGGUAAGUGUUGUCUUUCUGCUUUUAAAGGCUGCAUUACACUGAAGUGAUGUCAUUUUUUGAACUUACCAGGCUGUUCUAGCUGUUUUAUUAUUUGCCUUUAACCACUAAGUCAUUACUGUAUGUCAACAUUACUGAUGAUUAUUUAUCCAAAAUCUCAUUGUGAAGGCACCAUUUGUUAACCCUACAAUAUCGUCGAAAUAUCAACGAAGUAUUUGGUCAAGAAUAUCUCAGCCCUAAUUUCAAGUGAUAAAAACCUAUGUCCUUUACAGUUAUAAAUGUUGCACAAGCAAAAUACUGUUGUGACAAGAUAUAAUGUAUGUCGGAGACAGAUGAUCAUGUGAGAGAUCACAUGAUUUUUUCUUGAAUCACAAAAGAAACAUUUCACUCCACAGUAAAUUAUCGAUCCUCACAUUUUCAUCUGUUUUACACUGACUUGUGCUGUCAAUCAUUGUAAGAAUCAACACGUCUGACAGAUUGCUUUAUGUCAUCACUUGUCUUUUUGUGACAGUUUAUUGGUGCUCUGGGCUUCAACUAUAUCUGAUAAUAAACUUCACUCUGAACACCUUGAAGUCUCAGUGUGUUCAAAAUGCUGUAUCAUUUCUGAGGUGACAUACCGUGUUUUGAUCCACGGUUAAAAAGCAGCUUUUAAAGGAACUAGUGCAGUGCCAAUUUAAAAUGUGCCUGUUUGGAACAGGCUGAUUGCUUGGCCUCCGGUAUUGUUGCUUGUAGCAUUCUGGAGAACCGCUCAUCCAUAGAUUCAUACUCAACACUGUGUUUCCUUGGAUCCUGAGCAAUGCACCUACAAAGUUGAGUCCCCUAGUAAUGCUCUAGUCUAGGCAUCACUUGGGUGCAAAAGUUCACACGAACACUUUAUGGCCUCAAUUGAGCCCCAUGCAAUGCAAUGGUUAUGGAUAAGUACAGAUACAAUGCACAGAUGGGAUCUGUUGCAUCUCCUUUAGGUGUGGGCAUAAAACCAAAGCACCCUCUGCCAGAGUGGCGUUUUUCCUGUAGGCUAUUCGCUAGAGGCAGUAUUGAUUUCCAAAUAGACAUAUUAGUUGCUUGUUUUGAAAUAACCACCGUGGUUAUAAAGUAGAGCAUGGAUGUAUGGUAAACUUACACAAUUUGAGUUGCAAUGGCUGAGUGGUGCUGUUUCUGUAGGCAAUCUGCUGGUGCUUGUUGACUCCAGGGAUGUGAAGAAGAGAUCGGUUGUAAACGUUAGAAUAUCCAGCAGCAAAAGUAAACUGUCAAUGAGCUGCGGCCGUAAAGGCCCGCUGCGAAUGUAGGUGAAGACAUGACCGACUUACUCUGCAUAGCCCUGAGCUGUUCGCUUGUUUACUCAAAGUUCAUUAUUAUUAAUGUGUCACAUGUCCAAAUUGCACCAACUUCAACACUGCACAUCCUUGGGUCUCCAUAA